AGCGUACAGGGCAAUCACCGUACAGAUCAUACGGUACCGACCAAACCACCGUACCAUACUGAAUAUAUAUGCUAUCAAAUAAGAUUAAAAGAUUUGUUAGAAGGAAUCGACAACCUUAAAGCAUUUAUAAAAUCCUAUCAAAGUGUUUGGCAGAAACAAUAUUAG